UCAAGUCACUCGCGCACCGCACGCCAUACACAACCCAUCACGCUCUUUUCCUCGCUACGGCCAACCACGCGGUCAACUGUAAUAACCCCCUAGUAAACAAUUUCAUUAUUCCAAUUUAUCAUUAUCACCAAUCAUUUGAUCCUCAUUAAAUUGCCAGCGGAAGCAGCGAGGGCAGUGAACAAAGUGCCGAGUGUUAUUGUUUUACUGAUUUUUUUUUUUUUUCGUCAACGGACAGUUGUCAACUGUUGUCACUGACGGAGCCCACAGUUCCUGAUGAAAAUCCUCAGGAUCCUCAGUUCCAAUGAGUGAUGACGAAGACUUUGGUUUUAAUUGAGUGAAUUUGGUGUGGCAUGUCAGUUCUCACGCGGGGACUGAAGACCGUAUCAGUGGCCAGUUGAACAUCAUCACUUGGUUCAACAACAAAACGAUUGUUCACGUGGUAUGAUAGACAGGCGGGUGGAGGACUGGUGUGUUCAAGCAAUGACUGUACAGGAAUUUAAGCCGCGAGGGGCUGGAGAUGGACAGCCAGCUGGUGAUAUUCUCUCACCACCUGAGGUACUUGAUAACGACAAGGAAGCCGGUUAUCGGGAGGUUUUUCUACCCCAGGACAGCGAAAAUCUUCUCGGUCGAGUACUAGCUGAAUUCGAUGGCACGACGGUUCUCUGCAGAGUGUGCGGAGAUAAGGCCUCGGGUUUUCACUAUGGUGUUCACUCCUGUGAAGGAUGCAAGGGAUUUUUCCGAAGGAGCAUUCAGCAGAAAAUUCAAUAUCGUCCCUGUACCAAAAAUCAGCAGUGCAGUAUCUUACGGAUCAACAGGAAUCGCUGUCAGUACUGCCGUCUCAAGAAGUGCAUCGCUGUAGGCAUGAGCCGUGAUGCGGUUCGAUUCGGCCGUGUGCCAAAACGCGAGAAGGCAAGAAUUCUGGCGGCAAUGCAGCAGAGUUCACACAGUCGUUCCCAGGAGAAGGCAGUUGCUGCCGAAUUGGAGGACGAACAGCGUCUCCUACAGACUGUUGUUCGCGCUCAUCUUGACACGUGUGACUUCACCAGAGACAAGGUGGCUCCGGUGCUGGCUAGGGCGCGAGAGACACCUAAUUACACAGCGUGUCCACCAACCUUGGCAUGCCCACUCAAUCCCAAUCCUCAGCCAUUAACUGGUCAACAGGAAUUACUCCAAGACUUCUCGAAGAGAUUUUCACCGGCAAUAAGAGGUGUUGUUGAAUUUGCCAAACGCAUUCCUGGUUUUAACCUGCUGGCACAGGAUGACCAGGUUACACUGCUUAAAGCUGGUGUCUUUGAGGUACUACUUGUACGUCUAGCCUGUAUGUUCGAUGGUCAAACAAACAGUAUGAUAUGCCUCAAUGGGCAAGUGUUGAAGAGGGACUCAAUUCACAACAGCAAUGCACGAUUCUUAAUGGACUCGAUGUUUGAUUUUGCCGAGCGUGUCAAUUCGCUACGGCUAUCGGACGCUGAACUUGGAUUAUUCUGUUCAGUUGUUGUUAUAGCAGCUGACAGGCCUGGUUUACGUAACACUGAUCUCGUUGAACGUAUGCACAAUAAAUUGCGUAGUGCCCUACAGUCAGUACUAGCUCAAAAUCAUCCGCAGCAUCCGGAUAUACUGCGUGAAUUGCUCAAGAAAAUACCAGAUCUCAGGACACUAAACACACUACACUCGGAAAAAUUGUUGGCAUUCAAGAUGACUGAACAGCAGCAACAGUUGCAGGCACAGCAGCAGGCGCAGCAGCAGCAGCAGCAGCAGCAGCAACAGCAGCAGCAGCAACAGCAGCAACAGCAGCAACAACAACAACAACAACAACAACAACAACAACAAAGCCAACACACAAAUGUGCAGCAGUGGCCAAUGGAGGAGGAGCCAGUUGCAUCAUGGGGAUCAGCAUCAGAUGUGACUCUGGACGAGGCUGUUAAGAGCCCAUUGGGCAGUGUAUCGAGUACUGAGAGCACAUGUAGUGGUGAGGUCGCUUCUCUUACGGAAUACCAUCAUGCACCUGGUCAUCAUGCCUCAAGUGCACCCCUUCUUGCGGCCACUCUGGCCGGUGGCCUCUGUCCUCACAGACGUCGUGCUAACUCAGGCAGCACGAGUUCAGGUGAUGACGAACAUCACCGUGCAACAAUGUCGAAAACACCGCAACCACAGGCUCAAUGUCCACGAUUCCGUAAACUCGAUUCACCGAGUGACAGUGGCAUUGAGUCCGGCACCGAAAAACCCGAUAAACCAGCGAGCAGCAGUGCAAGCAGCGCACCAACAUCAGUCUGCUCAAGUCCAAGAUCUGAGGACAAAGAAGUUGAAGAUAUGCCGGUGUUGAAGAGAGUACUUCAAGCACCACCACUAUACGACACCAAUUCUCUGAUGGAUGAGGCAUACAAGCCACACAAAAAAUUUCGAGCGCUCAGGCAGAAGGACAGCGCUGAGGCUGAGCCAGUCAUUGUGCAGCAGCAAUCGCAGCUUCAUCUUCAUCUUACAUCACCACCAACGAGAAGUCCAACACAGCAGAGUGCGAGUUUGUUGAGCAGUACUCACUCGACACUAGCUAAGAGCCUUAUGGAGGGCCCAAGGAUGACUGCUGAACAGCUCAAACGUACUGAUAUAAUUCACAAUUACAUUAUGAGGGGUGAGGCUAGUCCGAGAUCACCAGCUGCAUCCCCAUCACCUGCUGAACAGUGCGCAUCUACGACAACUCUGAGUGCACGAUCGCCUCAAGCUUCACAGGGGCUCCUGCAGUGUGCAACAACUGGUUACUCAAGGUGGCCGGCUACAUCCGUUAUCACAACGACAACUGGAGCUAGACAACAAUCUUCCGGCUCUGGCUAUCUUGUUGUCAAUUCACCAGCAUCACCGAGGUAUUUAUCUGUUGCUGCAUCAAGUACAAGUAGUACGAGUCCAAGGCCAACUUCGAGUACGACACUAGUUUUAUCGGGUUGUCCUAGUAAUAUGAUGGAAUUACAAGUAGAUAUUGCUGAUAGUCAACAACCCCUUAAUCUAUCGAAAAAAUCACCGUCCCCAUCGCCGAGGCCAUUCGUUGGACCCUGCAAGGCUCUCUCACUUGAGGCGUAGUGCUAUUGUCAGACUCAAGUUGAGUUGUGAUUUAGCCUACCUUAAAAAAAAAACAAACUUUUUUUUAUUUCUAUCCUUAUUCCGGGGGGAUCAUUUGCUCCCCAAACCAGUGGAAUGGAAAAAAAUGUAAUUUUUUUGUCCUUUUUUUCCUUCUCUUGACGUAUGAUAAAUAAAAAGUGCCAGGACGCUCUGAGCGCGUGACAAACCAAAUAAUUUAUUAUUUAAAGGAGAUACGAUGGGGGCUAAUUUCUGGGGAAGGGGUGGCCCCAGAGCGAGCCAAACACCUCCUCAAGUCCCUGUCUCUAUUUAUGAAUGAAUAGUGCUAAAAAAAAUAUUUCGAAUAGGGUCAAAGUGCGACUACACUUGUGUAUAAAUAAAAAGGGUAUUGAUGGGUCUAGGCGCUUUUGAGUGAUUGCAUUCAACGCAAUGCCGUGACAAAUUUUAUCUGAGAUAACAACUGUCUUAUUUACCUAUAUACCUGUUUAACUAAUGUUGAAUGGAUAAGAAAUAUAAACACAGAUAUAGUGGUUAGCGUACGGAGAGAUGUGAAUUUUUCGGAGCCCUAAUGAAAAAUUGAUUGAAAAUGAAAAAAAAAAACGUAAUAAAUAAGAUUGAAUGUUACAGAAAAUUAAUAAUCUAUUACAUGUGAUAAUCACGGAUAUCGCGCAUCCUGUACAGUCUCCACCUCAUUCAUCAAUCAUUUACUCUAUUAUUAUUGAAUAUUAAUAGAUUAAUAAGUAAUUAAGUAAUAUUAUUGUUAUUUAAGGGUAAAAUGUAAUCAAUCGUAAACGUUAUCAUCCCGUGUGUAUGUAUAUUCUGUAGGGGACACGGGAAGGAAAGAAUAUUUUUUUUUCCUUUCUUUUCAUUUCACGUGGAAGAAACGAUGUGCUAGUUGUUGUGUACAUGUGUGGGUAUGAGUGGAGAGAGUAAGUCGGGGAAAUUGAAUGGAAUUGUAGUGAGUGGGUGAUAAUGAUAAGUUUAUGGAGAAAAAAGAAAUAUAUUUGAAGGAAAAGAAAUAAAUGAAUAAAUCAUUCAUUAAAUGAAAAAAGAAAAACAUUGUCAAGAGUUAUAAUUGGGAGGAAUUGGAGUACUGAUAAUUUCAAGGAGUUUUGUUAUGAGACUGACCGGUCCCUUGUGGCCCUCCAGUUUGCAAUUACCGUACCUUUAUACCAUGUGUCGUAUCUGUAAUGAAAAGAUAUGAGGAGCAAAAAUAAAUUUACAGACAAGUAAUUAGUCUCUGAAUACGUCGUGUAGAUGAUUUAGGGCUUUAGUUUGGUUGAGAAAAAGAAAAAAACAAAACACGAAGAAUUAUAUCGAGAACUGCAAUUGCAAUGACUAAUUAUUUCGUGUGGAUGCGGAAGUACGAACUCUGGAUGUAUCGACGAGGCACUUGUAAAUAAUAAACGUUAAGGAAACUUGAGUUUAUCGGUAGGUGUGAGUGGAAGAGAAAUUCAUUUUUUUUUUCCAUAAAAAUUGAAAGAGGAAUAAAUACGAAAAUUUCAGCAAUAAUACAAUCCAACUGAAUUGAAACAAUCCAAUCAUUCCCCUGUCCCCUGGAAAUUUCGCGAAUUGCCACCGCAAAUUAGCACACAAUCGCAGAACAAAACAUUGAGGAAAGAUAAUAUCGAUUUUAUUGUCUUUGCAGGUGUAUAAUUAACUAUUGUACCACGAAGUCAUUCCCAUGAGCACACAAUCUGCCCCCCCCCCCUCUAUUUUAGGGAUAAACUCAUUGAUUAAACGCGAAUCAAUGAAUUCAAAUGGAUAUUGUUUUGCCCUUCAUUUUCAUCAAUUUAUCAGUGAAAGUCCCUCUGUGUUGAUUACGCAAAUGAAUCCAUACAGUACUCUGAAUUAAAGGAACAAAGUAAUAAUGAAUAAAACCAUGAAAAAAAAAA